AUAUAUUACAAAUGAAAUAAUAUAUUAGUAAAUAAGAAUUUUUUUAUUUCUUGUAUGGUUUUCCAAAGCAAACAUAAUAUUGCAUCGUGAUUGGUUCAUUCAAAAUUGAUUGACAUUUUACUUGGGUAAAAUCUGUUUUUAUAUAAGAAUUAUUAAUAAAAUGGAUAAUAUUUAUUCAUUAGAUACUCCGCAUGUAGAAAAGGAUUUGGAAUAUAAAAAAUCUAUUUGUAAACGACGAUCUUCUGUUUUCCAAAGUCGUCAAAUUAUAUUUGAUGAAUGUGAAGAUGCAGAAGAUAAAGAGACAGUUGAAAAUAGAGAAGUUAUAAAAUAUGUAUCUAAUACAACACAAGAAAAAGUUUUUAAUUUAGAAGAAUAUAUAAUUAAUUUAAGAAAUGAAAGAAAAGAAUGGAUAGAAAAUUUGAAACAAAGAAAAACACAACGAAAAAAUCUUACAAAGCAAAAAUUAUGUUUAGAAAAUCAAGGACAACUUUUGGAUUUGAAUAUUUUAUCAGAAUAUGAAAAAACCUUUGUUACAGCACGGCCAAAUUAUCAACAUAUUUGCAAAAAUUAUGAAAAACUAUCAGACAUGCUUGUGAAAUUAUCAGUGUUAUAUAAUUUAGCUUAUAAAUUAAAUCAAAGAUUCAUUUCACAAAUGGAAAGAAGACUAUGUAAGAUUACUGAUAAAAUUAUCAAAAUAUCAGAAUCAUGAUAUUAUAAAGAUUGCUAUACAUUGAAAAUAAU